CUAGCCUCUAAGCCUCGAAUUGUCAGCCGUAUCACGCCGACCCGCAAGACAUGUUCGACCCCGCCGACGACGCGCAUCGCCGCUAUAACCCGCUGAACGGGACGCACGUGCUCGUCUCGCCACACCGCAUGAAGCGGCCGUGGAAUGGACAGACUGAGGAGACGAAGCAGGAGACGCUGCCGCGCUAUGAUCCCGCGUGUCAUCUUUGUCCUGGCAACGCGCGGGUCGGCGGUGAGGUGAACCCCACGUAUACGGAGACGAUUUCCUUCCCCAACGACUACCCCGCCGUCCUCCCCGACCCACUCCCCUCUACUCCACCACCACCGCCCAAGCCCUCGUCAGCCGAUGCGCUCUUCGCGGCGCAGCCGGUGCGUGGCCGCUGCCGCGUCGUUUGCUUCCAUCCGCGGCACGACCUGACACUGGCGCGCAUGAGCGUGCCGGAGAUCGAGGCGGUCGUGCGAUCAUGGCGCGACAUUUACGAGGAGGAGGGGAGGUUCCUCACAGAAGGCGGAGGGGGAACGGUCCAGAUAUUUGAGAACCGCGGCGCAAUGAUGGGUGCCUCUGCGCCCCAUCCCCACGGACAGGUGUGGAGUGUCUCCUACAUCCCCGACGAGGUCGCGACAGAAAUAUCCAACCUCGAGGACUACUCGUCGCGCACAGGCUGCUGUUUACUGUGCGAUUACGCGCGCCAAGAGCUCGAACGCGGCGAACGCGUUGUCGCACAAGCGGAGGGCUGGGUCGCCGUCGUUCCCUACUGGGCGCUGUGGCCGUUCGAAGCGCUGGUUCUCCCAACACGACACGUCUCGUCCAUUUCCGACCUCUCGCCACACGAAGACGCGGGCCUAGCGACGAUCCUCAAAUCCCUCUUGGUCGCGUAUGACAACCUCUUCUCCACACCCUUCCCCUACAGCAUGGGGCUGCACCAGUCUCCGCAUCCGCCCAACCCCGCAGCCCAUCUCCACCUCCACUUCUAUCCCCCACUGCUGCGGAGUGCGAGUGUGCGCAAGUUCGUGGUUGGGUUCGAGAUGCUGGCAGAGGCACAACGCGAUCUGACACCGGAAGCGGCCGCGGCGCGGUUGCGCUCCCUGCCCAAGCGCCACUACUCUGAAGCAGCGGAAUAGAUGAUGCACCCUGCGAUAGCACAAGUUCGCGACGGCAGAAGCAUAAAUUCCAGCAUGGCGCGACGGCAGGCAGCUUCUCUCCAGCAUCAGAUGGCGAAGGUCCAAUUUUUAUCGUACACACACACAGUCACCAAGCUUCCUUAGCGAAGUACUAGUAUAGGGUCGCGUGGCGAAAUGGCAUCGCGUCUGACUA